UCCAUUUUCGCUUUCGUUCGCAUGUCGUCCAUGUACCUGCGCCGCGUCCUCUGCGGCUGUGCCACCACCAUGUUCGUCUCGGCCACCUUCCCCGUCGCGCUGCCCCACUCGGACCUCGCCCGCAAGGCCAUUGGCGCCGACGCCACCAAGGAACUCGACGAGAACGAUGCGUUCCUUCAGACGGCGCGGUCGAUCGCCAAGCAGCUCGGCGUGCGCCACCCCGAGCACAUUCGCGUGCUUGUCGACCAAGCCGGCGGAGAAGGUGGCGGCGCGCUGGGUGCGGAUGUCUUUGGGCAGUCGGCGAUUUGGAUUUCCGAGUCCAUUUACCGCGGCUUCCACCAGGCGCCAUCCGCCGAGAGCACGAUCACGGACCUCGAGGCCGACCCCGCACGCGACGAAGUCGAGUUCAUUCUCGCGCAUGAGUGCGCCCACAUUGCCAACAACCACUCGCUCAAGAUGACGUCGUUCAUCCCGGCGUCCAUGUUUGGAAGCUACGCGCUCGCGACCAAGGUGCCCAACAAGCUCCUCGGUGCUGUCCUCGGCUUUGGCCUCGUCGUCUUUGGCGGUCUCUAUCUCUCGUGGGACAUGGAGCACGAAGCUGACCACCUCGCGGCGUCGCUCGGCCAGCGCUUCCGGUCGGGUGGCCUCUCGACGUUUGAGCGAUCGCGCGUCCGCAACUGCUUCCUGCGCACGUAUUUCGACACGCGCAUGAUCACGGAGGACGGCAACUACCUCGGCGACACGUCGCACCCAUGGCUCACGACCCGGAUCCAUCACUUGGAGCACAUGCAGUGCGACGAGCACGACCACGCGUGCAUCUUCUGCAGCUGGUUCUCGCAGACGCUCAAAGGCGGGCUCGACCUCGUGCGCGCCACGGUGCUCUAACCGCUGUAUUUAUGCUGUAUUUAUAAGAAUAAGAAAUUGCCCCGUUGACUGCUC